UGAUAACCCUGCCGAUGAAUAUAACGUAUUUGUGGGUGAUUGGUACAACAAGGGUUACAAGUCCUUGAAGAAGAUCUUAGAUGGGGGACGCACAAUUGGCAGACCCGAUGGCAUCCAUAUCAAUGGAAAAUCCCUCAAGGUCGGUGACAAGGUUGCUGAGCCACUCUUCACCAUGGAGGCUGGCAAGACCUAUAGGUACAGGAUGUGCAAUGCUGGCAUGAGGACAUCAGUCAACGUCAGGAUUCAAGGCCACCCCAUGAAGUUGGUGGAAAUGGAGGGAUCCCACACUGUGCAGAACGUCUAUGAGUCCCUUGACCUCCAUGUUGGUCAAUGCCUUUCGGUGUUGGUCACUGCUGAUCAAGAGCCCAAGGACUAUUACAUGAUUGUUUCUAGUAGGUUCCUGAAGCAAGCGCAACUCUCUUCCGUUGCUAUCAUUCGAUAUGCCAAUGGCAAGGGACCAGCAUCUUCUGACCUCCCAGCACCUCCACCAGAAAACACCCAAGGCAUUGCUUGGUCCAUUAACCAGUUUCGCUCCUUCAGAUGGAACCUUACUGCUAGUGCUGCCCGCCCCAACCCUCAAGGAUCCUACCACUAUGGACAGAUCAACAUCACCCGCACUUUCAAGAUUGUCAACUCUAGGAGCGAAGUGGAUGGAAAGCUCCGAUUUGCCUUGAACGGUAUCUCCCACACUGCUGCUGGAGAAACCCCAUUCAAGCUUGCUGAAUACUUCGGAGCCACCGACAAGUUGUUCAAGUAUGAUCUCAUGGCUGAUGAACCCCAAACUGAAGACCUGAACAAGGUGACCGUCGUCCCCAAUAUCAAGAAUGCCACCUUCCGUAACUUUGUAGAGAUCAUCUUUGAGAACCGUGAGAAGACUAUCCAAACCUAUCACUUGGAUGGAUAUUCCUUUUUCGCAGUGGCCAUCGAGCCAGGGAGGUGGAGUCCCGAGAAAAGAAAGAACUACAACUUGGUGGAUGCAGUAAGCAGGCAUAGCAUCCAAGUCUAUCCAAACUCAUGGGCCGCGGUGAUGACAACCCUAGACAACGCUGGACUAUGGAACUUGAGAUCAGAGAUGUGGGAGAGGUUCUACUUAGGACAACAACUCUACUUUAGUGUUCUCUCACCAGCUCGCUCCUUGAGGGAUGAGUACAACCUCCCUGACAACCACCCUCUUUGCGGUAUUGUUAAGAGCAUGCCCCUGCCUUCUCCAUACAAGCCAUAGGUGUAAUAGUAGGCAUCUGAGGGGAGGGAUUUUACACAUAUUUAUGUAUGACAAGAGCUUGAUUUGUUAAUGAUGUAUUGUUUCCAUUUACAUAACAAUAAAACAAAAAAUAAAAAUAAAGGAUUUCCCCCCUCCA